AUGCAGACGAGUACAUCAGCUUCCCGCUUUGGGGGUGCCUCUUCCUCCGCCAAGGGCAAAGGGCCUGCGACCGAGCCCGCCGCGGCAUACGAGUUGCCCUGGUCAGUACUGGCCCUCGAGACAAACUAUCAGGACCGCAACGUCGUCAAACCUUCAAGCGCUGACGCAUACACGUCUUUCAAUCCUCCACAGGGUAGAAAAGGUGCGAGAGGAGGAGUGGAUCAUCCAGACAGCUUGACUCCGGCUGAGGGCGCGGCUCUACCCCUUCCCCCACAGCAUCGACCCAAGUCGCUCGACGACAUUGUUGGCAACGUCGAGACGAUCGACCGCCUCAAAGUCAUUGCCAGGGAUGGCAACUGUCCCCACAUCAUCAUCUCCGUAAGCACUCGCUCAAGAUUGGGCCACCGUCGUUUCGAGACCCGAGCUGAUCUGGCUCUCGUGUAGGGCUCACCUGGUAUUGGCAAAACGACCAGCAUCCUUGCCUUGGCUCGACAACUCUUGGGCGAGAACUACAAGGAAGGCGUUCUCGAGUUGAACGCAUCCGAUGAACGGUCAGUCCCGAUCCAACUGACUGGUAUCCGGGCGCGCCUCAGUCGGGCUGGGCUGACUUUGCUCCGGUGCUCGCCGUCUCCCAAUCGGGACAGAGGUAUCGACGUCGUACACAACCGCAUCAAGGCUUUUGCCCAGAAAAAGGUCACACUCCCACCGGGUCGCCACAAGCUCGUCAUCCUCGACGAAGCCGACUCGAUGACCCCGGGAGCCCAGCAAGCGCUCCGCAGGACGAUGGAAAUCUUCUCCAACACCACUCGCUUCGCCUUUGCGUGCAACCAGAGCAACAAAAUCAUCGAGCCGAUUCAGAGUCGAUGCGCCAUCUUGAGGUACUCGAGGCUGACCGAUGCCGAGUUGUUGAGGCGUUUGCUGGAGAUUUGCGAAAUUGAAAAGGUAGGCCGACUGGAAGGCACCGCGCAUGGCCCGAGGCCUCGCCAUGCUCGAAUCGGCUGACAAUCAACUUGCUUGGUUCAUUUUCGUGGCAGGUUGAAUACAAUGAAGCAGGUCUGACAGCGCUCAUCUUUACUUCGGAAGGUGAUAUGCGUCAAGCGGUCAACAACCUCCAAUCGACCUACUCGGGCUUCAACUUUGUCGGCGCUGACGAGGUGUUCAAAGUGUGCGACCAACCCCACCCCGUCAAGGUGCAACAGUUGAUCAAGGAUUGCGCCAAAGGGGACAUUGACGCGGCCAUGACCAAGUUGGAGGAAUUGUGGCUGCAGGGGUAUGCUGCGGUCGAUAUUGUGGCGACUUUGUUCAGGGUUACCAAAGGGAUGGAAGAUUUGCUUGAAUACGUCAAGCUUGACUUUAUCAAGGUGCGCCAACACCUCGGUGAUCGUAUCCUCCCUGAGACCCGACUUCCUGACGCUCUUCAACUCUCUUUCAGGAAAUCGGGUUCGCGCACAUGAGGAUCCUCGAAGGUGUUAGCACCGUGGUACAACUGGGUCAGUCGUUUCGUCCAGUCCUCCCCGAGAAAGAGUGGUUCGCUGACCACUUCAUCUACAAAUUGAGCUUGACAGGUGGCUUACUUGCUCGCCUGUGCAAGCUGUCGAUGAAACCAGAAUUGUUCAGGCAAGCUUGA